AUGCCUCCCGAUCUUGGCUCGAGCGCCACUACGGCCACUCAGCGCCAAGGCGCCAACUCUGAAGAAACGCCAACGCCAUCCCGCUUCCUUGACCUUCCUACCGAGAUCAGACUGAUGAUCUUGAAGUACGCUCUUACCGAUGGUACCCAAGCAUCUACAGUCGAACUCAUCAGAGGACGUCGAUCUCGCAUCACCGGCACAUAUCUUGACGCCGUUCCAUUCCACAGCUUCAGUACAAAGCCCAGCGUCCAAAUACUUCUAACCAACCGCCAAAUCAAUGCUGAAGGAACACCUAUUCUCUACUCAAAGAACACAUUCUCGACAUGCCCCUCAGCUCUUGAAAGGUUCACCAAGGCUGUCGGUGCAGCUAACAGGCAAUACAUCCGUUCUAUCCACAUCAAUGGUGCCACCAUGGAACUCUAUUUCACAAGCAAAUGGCUCAGAAGCUUGAAGGAAUACAUUGGAUUGAAGCGCCUUCGCCUCAACAUGCUAUCAAGGGUGUACUAUUUGAAACAGCGUGCUAUCCGGUCUGAUUACAGGCCACCUGGUAUGUCUGUUCUUCUGACACUGAUCCCUGUGAUCAAAAUGCUCUGUGAGAGAGAAGGCUCGGAUGAAGCAGCCCGCAAGAUCAUUGAGGUUCUGCCCUACGAAAUAUGUUGCCAUCAUAAUUCGUACCUCUGGACUGCGAUCACUUGCUUCAAUUGCUGUAACGAUGCAAGAUUCUUUGAGGAAUACAAGGUCGUGGAGGAUGACUUCUGGAGCGAUAUCCCAAAAAGAUACGCAGAGGCCAAAGAAUCGGCCAGAAGAGAAAAGUGGAUGGCUAAGAGAUUCGGAAAGUUCAUUUAGCAAGGAAGAACAAGCAGUGAAAGCAUGACCAGCCAGGCACAUACAAGCAGGAAGGGUAUAUCAGGAUUCUUUGCAAACGUCUUCUUCUUCUCUCAAUAACGUAAUAUAUCAAU